AUGGCAAACCUCGUGCAGGAGCUCAUGCUAGAGACUCCACAGCGGGCAUGGUUUCUGUUCCUGCUCCCCCUCCUCCUCUUGUCUCUGCAUCACUGGUUCACCAGAAAGACAGGAUCUACAGGGCAGCGCCUCCCGCCUUCGCCGCCGGCGCUACCCAUCAUCGGGCACCUGCACCUUGUUGGCGCCCUCCCACAUGUCUCCCUUCGGAGCCUGGCCAGGAAGUACGGCCUGGACGUGAUGCUCCUCCGCCUGGGCGCCGUGCGGACCCUCGUAGUGUCGUCGCCGCGCGCCGCCGAGGAGGUGCUUCGCACGAACGACCACGUCCUGGCAUCGCGGCCCCCAUCCUUCGUCCCCGACAUCAUCAUGUACGGCUCGUCUGAUAUCGCCUUCGCGUCGUACGGCGAGUACUGGCGGCAGGCGAGGAAGCUCGUCACCACACACAUGCUCAGCGUUAAGAAGGUGCAGUCUUUCCGCAGCGCCGCCAUGGAGGAGGACGAAGAUAUGCCCUGGUAUAAACCUUGGAAUCGCCAAUGUUGAGCUUAUGUUGGCAAACAUCGUGAACCAUUUUGACUGGGAACUUCUGAUUGGGGUUGAGAGAAAAGAUAUUGAUAUGACAGAGGUGUUUGGGAUAAGCAUUCGUAGGAAGGAGAAACUAUUGUUGAUUCCAAAGUCACGCAUAUGAAAUCGAGCUAAGCUAAAAAUUUUGUGUUAUCAGUGUAUAACAGUGUUCUUGGGAAGAAGUUGUUAUCAGGGAAAAUGGUACCAAUAAAUAAUGGCCAAUUUUUCCAA